AUGAGCUUCGUGGUCGAUCUGACGCGGCGGAUAGACGCUCAGCUGGACAGACUUCAGCUCGGAGCCAUAUCCUCCCCCAGCUCUCCGACGCUCGAGCGCGCCGCGAUUAAUCUCCCACACGACCAGGAUAUCAAACCGCCUGCGAGAUUACUUGCGCUCCAAGGCGCAAUACGAGGAUUGUCUCCGAGCAGCUCACACAGUAAAUCCUUGCUCAAGCCAUCGCAAAUUCAGAGCUUGCUGUCAACACUCUCUGACCGACCGGAAGCUUCAGCAGCUGUAGAAGUCGACGGAUCGAGCGAGAAGGACGAAUUUGAGACGGAAUUGGAAUGGCUGCUUGUAUCGAAAGCGACCACUCAAGUCUAUGGGCACGUCCUCCAUAACAUCCUAGACGAGGCUGUGGCUCUCUCCGAUGACCUGUGGUACUGGGACGAAGUUUUGGGGACUCAAAGACGCACGGCACUGUACAGUUUGCAGACAUCUCCGCUACGAUUUUGGAAUUGGUCCAAUGUGGUAUGGGCGGAUGUCAAGGCACGAGGUGGGAACUUCAGCAUAAAAGGGGCCAGCCAUGAUGCAUCAGAUAGUAUCACAGAGCGGUGGAAGCAGUUCUAUGGGCUCGUAAGGCAGGUUGUACGGGAAAAGAGCGUGAGGGAAGUCCACAAACAGAUACUGAGCCCGGUGACCAGGAUUCGCAGCGAGGUCGGGCAGAAGCAGGCGACAUUGAAGAAAAUCCGGCUUCGGAAUGCCAAUGCACUUGGAGUCCUGCUGGGUGAGGGUUUGGCCAAUGAGAGUGCACACGGCGAUGGCCUCGCAACACCGAGCACGCAGGAUGUUCAGCAAAAGUGGAAGACGUCAGUGGCUAGAAACGUCGCGUUGAUGGAGGCAGUGUUGGCAAAGAUUAACGAUCUAGAGACUCCGUUGGACAAAUUUGACAGCGUGAUUGCCGAGUUGACGGACGACGACCCGUUGUACUCGAUGGACAUGGAGGGCGUGGCACUACCACCGCAGGAUGUUGCCGAGCGCCUUUCAAGAGUUCUAGUCCUGGGUCUUGGUCAGUACGCGGCCGCUACGAAGAACAUCAAGCAAGAGCACGGCAAGCCAUCACGAAUCAUACGCUGGUGGCCCGCCAUUACUGUUGGUAUACUCUCUUCUAGCACCAUUUUGAGGAUUCUGGUCAACCGCCAGGCCGAGAUCGUGCAAUGGAUACAAGACUUGGGUACCACGGUUGUUGACUUUUGGCACAACUGGGUGGUAGAACCGACACGGAAACUCAUUGGGACGAUCCGACAUGACGAGGGCASUGAGAUCAGUAUCAUGUCGAAGCGCUCUCUCGAGGGCGAUCGAGAAAGCCUGGAACGCAUGGUAGUCGAUUUCGCUGUGGACAAUCCUGCCAACAUCACCGGAUCCGGCGCAAGUCUCACCGAGACCGAUAUUGCCGCUCUCCGCUCCAAAAUUAGAGAAGGCGAUCUCACGCCAGUUCUCAAAGCCUACGAGAAGGAUCUCACAUCACCAUUGAUGGGUGCUGUUCGCGGCAACUUGAUACGUGCCCUGCUGAUCCAGAUCCAAAAGACCAAGGUGGACGUCGAGGUCGCUAUCGGCGGUAUCGACUCCCUGCUGAAGUCCCAAGAGCUGUUGAUAGGAUUCAUUAGUCUCACGCCGGGGCUUUUGGUGGCCUACGGUCUGAACCGCUACAUCAGAUCAAGUCUCUUGCAGAAGAGAGGUUUCAAGGCCGCGCAAAAGCAAGGCAUGAUGCUUCGUCAGCUGCGCAACAUUGAUCGUAUUCUAACAGGAAGCACGCCAACCGAAUACGGCGAGUUGCUCUACAAGGACCAAGGUCUGUUGCUGUGCGAGGUUCAUGUGCUGCGGCAGGCGGCGCAACAGAGCAUGCCUACCCAAAUCUACAAGGAGUUCAGCGAAGAGGCGGAGGAGUUGACGGACGUAAGAAUGGGAAUCGAGAGGCAGACGAAAGUUGCUCAUCGCAUUCGAUGGGCGUAUGCGAGAUGGUUGACAUAA